GUCACUCCCACCACCAUCUUUGUCAUCAUCUUUAUCCACCUCCUCAUCAGUUGCAUCAGUUCCUUUAUUAACAUCCAUAUUACCUUCAUUUUCUUCAGCAUCUUCACCAUCACAGGCUGGUGACAGUUUUCAAACCAGCAGGUCCAGCGUUACAUCAGGAGGGACAGACAGAAUGGAGCCAUCGACUGCUGUGUUCUCUGGAGUACAACCCAGACAGUACGCAAUCACAGCAGACCACACCAGUUGAAAGAGAGCACUAGUUUCGAAACCACAGGACCACUUCCUCUUCAGACUGAAUCUAUGGAACAGCUCAGCAGUCACUCUUCAUCCACAUCAGCUUCCACUUGUAACAGAGAGCUCACAGGAGGAACCUUCACUUCCAGUGGGGACCAUUUUGAAAGACUCUUUGCUUCUGACAACAGCUGCUCCAAGUCUGAGCAAGGAUACCCAACACCUGAGAUGGCAAAAGCCUCAACCAGUAUCUUGCCAAAUAUGACAAAUCAAAGGGAUGUGUUUCCUGCAGCGGAAUUAACAACAGAGAAAACAGUUACACUGUCAACAGAUAUGAUUUUUGGGCCACAGCGUUCUGUGCCAACUACAGAUCAUUCUAUUACUAUGAAAACUCGCAGAGUUCAAACUGCUGCUACCACGACACUGGCCUACAUAACUGGAGUAACUACAAAAUCAGUGGAAACUAGCACUGCAACUAGCAUUAAAUCACCGAAGAAAUAUCCCAGCUACACAUCCUUCCAAAACAUCUUCCCUGAGCAAAACCACUGCAGGGUUUUCCACCACUUCGGCAGCAGCUACCAAACCAACUACUGUUGCUCUGCUCAGUCGCACCAGGGUAUUAGUAACUACUUCUCAUACAACAGUCAAUAUCUGCUCCACAAACCCUUGUCUGCAUGAUGGAAAUGCGUUAUUAAUGGUGUUAUGGGCAAAUAUCAGUGCAAAUGUUCACCAGCCUGGCAAGGAGAACUGCAGUGAAGAUGUGGAUGAAUGUCUUUCUAAUCCCUGCCCAGAUUUGGCCACAUGUAAUAAUACUCAGGGCUCCUAUGUCUGCAAUGUCCUGUUGGAUACCGACUAGAAAAAGGAAAUGCAAUUUAGUUAGAACAUUUGUUGAUCAAGUUGUACUAAAACUGAACACUACUCAUGGGAAGUAUUCUGAACUCCAUCGAAUUGAAGAUGAAAUAACAACAAUGCUGAACAUGUCUCUUUCGACGUUACCUGGCUAUUACCACUCAGUAGUUAAAGCGGCAAGGGAGUCCAAUUCUGUCCGAGUUUCAGUCCAAACCACCUUUUCUUUAGCAUCCAAUGUGACACUCGUUGACAUUGUUUUCAGUGUACGAAGCUACAUUAGCGCUUGCAAAACUCCUACUGAAACCUGCCAGUUCAUCUCCAACUUUAUGCUGCUCCACAGAGUUGGCGGUUUGUGCAAACAGAAGGACCCUGAAUGCGACAAAGAAACUUCGGACUGCACUGACAGAGAUGGCAUUGCAGUCUGUCAGUGCAAGAGUGGAUACUUUAAAUACAAGAAGAUAGAUCAUUCCUGCAGAGCUUGCGAAGAUGGAUAUAGGCUUGAAAAUGAGACCUGUGUGAGGUGCCCAUUUGGCUUGGGGGGAUUGAACUGUAGAAACCCGUAUCAGCUAAUCACCGUGGUGAUUGCAGCUGCAGGAGGGGGACUUCUGCUUAUCCUGGUGAUAGCACUGAUCAUCACUUGCUGCCGGAAGAAUAAAAAUGACAUAAGUAAACUCAUUUUCAAGAGUGGGGAUUUCCAAAUGUCACCGUAUGCCGAGUACCCCAAGAAUCCUCGAGCACAGGAGUGGGGCAGAGAGACCAUAGAAAUGCAAGAAAAUGGAAGCACUAAAAACCUGCUGCAGAUGACGGAUGUGUAUUAUUCGCCGACUGGACUAAGAAACUCUGAACUGGAAAGAAAUGGACUUUAUCCUCCCUACACUGGUUUACCUGGAUCCAGACAUUCAUGCAUCUACCCUGGACAAUAUAACCUAUCCUUUAUUAGUGAUGAAACUAGAAGAAGAGACUAUUUUUAACAUAAUUGUGUGGGAGUGGAAGAUCAACAUAGAUAGGUGUCCUCGUUUACCAGGUACACUCUGUCACAUGACAGUUCAGCUGAUACCAGUCUUAAUCUUCACAUACAGGAAGGACUUUGAACUCAAAAGAACACAGAGCACUGCUGCCUUGAAAACCCAUUUGUAGCUGUUGAGUAGUGAAGAUGGAGGGGAAGAAUGAGCCAAUAUGCAGAUCUGUAAAAGACCCGGGUGGAAGUUUGUGGAAGUGAACUUGUGCACUCCACUUUUAUCUUCGCCAUUGACAUCACAUAACAUGAAUUUGUUAGUAGAUCAGUACAGACAGACUAAUUGUUGCCUGCAUUCUAAAAUUAAUACCACUAGGGAGUGUUUUGUUUACAGAUAUUGUAAAAUUACAGAUAUUGGUCUGACUGCUGUGCGUUUCCUCUUGGCCAACUUUUAUGCAAAGAUACACUGUGUGCUCUUUUUGGGUAGGAAGUGUAUGUUCAUUUCAGACCCUUCUCUGCCUUUCCAUGUUAAGAUCUGAUUCCUGUGCAACAAGGGAGCAAGAUUGCCCACUAAAUAUUAUUUUUUUUAUUGGUAUGUGUCAUUCUGUCAAAUGUCUCAGCGCUUAACUAAGCUCUCCAUCUGGCAAUGAUGGCUGAGUUCACAGGUUGACAUUGAUAUUUUCAAAGGAGUAUGGGGGAUUUAGCCACGCCUCCUUAAUUUUAAUGGGAAAAGGUAUAACUGAUGCCUUGCACUGCUUUGAAAAUCUCCUUUGUGUUUGGAAAUGUCUGAAUGUGACAGUGUAUUGCCCACUGAUCUGCAAUGUUGUUCAAAACUUGUGUUAUUAUAUUGUGGUAAGUCACCACAGCAACCUCCAGCAGGGAUUUAAAUGUGUUCUAAAAGCAGCAAGAUCAGAUAAAGUAUUCAUUAAUGGAGCAAUAAAUUACAAGAUAAAAUUGUUGAGGUAGAUCGCAUUGCUUUGCAGAAAAUGUGUAUAGCCACAGUGAACUUCAGGGAGAAAGUGGCCAGAAACAGAAGUAUUAUAGCCCUGGUUGGACUGAUGUACCAUGAAUUUUAGACUUUGCAUUGGAUCCAGACAGCCACAGCCCCCCUGAUUUCAAUGGGCACUGCAGAGCUACUCAGCACAUCAGAAAAUCAGGCCUGUUGUGGCCAGAUGCAUUUGACUGUGGGAGAAGCACAAGGCUUUGGAUCACAAAAAAAACUGUUAAGGACUUCCAGCUGUCUUCACUGUGUCAGUCCUUUUAGCUGGCAGUUUGCAGUGGAUUGACAGUUAGUCACUGCAAAUGGAGCUGGUCGGGAAUUUGUAACAUUUUGACCCCCAAAAAUUCAACAUUUUUUGCACAAAAAAGCAUUUUUUACAAGCUUAUCAUGUAGUCUGUGAUUCUAGAAAAUUUGCAUGAAAAACUGCAAAAUAUUUGUUGUGAAGAUCUUUCUGCAUUUUUCAGUAGGGUCUAACUUCACAGUUGUUUCAUUCUUGAAGAACUCUUUAACUUACUUCACCAAUCCUAUUUGAUUCCCUGAACACAUGUAUUUUUGAAGAUAUCACAGUUGGCUGUUGUAAAAAUGUCUGUUGAUCACUGGGGAAGAAGCUCCAAAUAGAUAAUUUAUUACAUUCCUAACUUAGGGUCUGAUCCAAAGCUCUCUGACUUCACUCUGCAGGGUUGAGUGCUUGGUGAAGAUCACAUUAAUCAAAUACACUUAGGGUUUGUCUUCACUGCAAAGUGAACUCUAAUUAUAACUCAAGUUGCCCCUAGCUCAGCUCCCUUCCACACACAAAAAUCCUUCACUCAAGUUAGCUGGUCUGAGAUGGGGGAUAAACUAAACUCAAAUCAGCUGUUAACAUAAUCUCUUUGCAGUGUGGCUGCAGGCUAGCUCCACUCUAAUGCCACUAAUCUUACAGUGCCUUCCCACAAUUCUCCCUGAGUGCUCAGAAAAGGCUUACAAGUUCUCCCACAAUACAUGGGAAAGAAUUUAUAGAGUGACUUCACUUACUGCAGUGCUAACAGUAGAAUGUGCCCUUAGAGUUCCUAGUUGCACAUUUGAGUGAGUACAGCAUCAGUGUGGAUAAAGGAACUUGAGUGCUAUAUCCCAGAGUGGCUGCUCUCACUCUGGCUAAGAUAACUCUAGAGCAGUAACUUUGCAUUGAAGGUCACACGAGUUAACUCUAUAGUGAAGACAGACCCGCAAUUAACUGACACUUAACAGUGUUUGUUUGCCAUAGAGCCUGUGAUCCUAAAGUGUCUUGCCCAGCACUCAGAAAGUUGUUGUGCCCCAUCUCAAGUGUGAACAGACGCACAAGUAAGAUUCAGUACUAGGCAUUCGUUCUUCUUUGAGUGUAGUGUUCCUGUUGGUGCUCCACUUUAGGUGAGCCUGAGCCUUUGCUUGGAGAUUUUUGGUAGCAGCAUUAGCUUGGACCGCAUGUGUACCCCAUACCCCUCCUCCCCAACAUCGAGACUAUAUGAGGCCGUGUGGACGAACCAUCUCAGUUCCUUCUCAACCACCUGCGGCCUGAGACAGAGUCUACAACAGUGCCUGUUCUCUACUAGUAUUCAGAAUUCAGUUUGUUGGUUAAUAUGUACUGUUUGUAGUUGUUGGAACAACUAACUUUCUUUCUUUCUACAAAAAAGUUUAAAAUAUUAUUUAAAAAUAUUUUUGUUCAUAGAUAUAGUUAGUGUUGAGUUUUUUUCCCCCUUCAAUAGGGGUCGAUUUGUUGUUAAUUUGCUUGGGAUUGCUAGGCUUCCUGGGAUUUAAAAAGUGCUUCUCUUGUCAUGAGGCUAUUCUAGUCAUCAAGUGGAUUAUCUGUUGGAAUUGAAAACAUUGGGUCUUUCUAUGAACUCCAUUAGGCUAUUACUUACAGCCUUUCACAUAUCCAUAAGGAGCUUUUUGCUCUGUGCUCAUCCAGUCAUGGUAAGAUUCCUAAGAGGUUUGUCAAAUCUCUACCUGCAAAUCAGAGACUCUACUCCUAGUGGGGACCUGAACCUAGUCCUGCAUUGCCUUAUGAACUACCCCUUUGAACCACUAGGUAUUUGUUCUUCGUUAGAGUGAUCAAUGAAGACAGUCUUCUUGGUAGUUAUAACUUCUGCCCAAAGGGUCAGAGAAUUGGGAACUUUAAUGGUGGAACGCCCCCCCAUUUAUGGUAUUCAUUACAGAGAAAGUAUCUGUGUGGGCCCAACCCAGAGUUUUACCUAAGGUGUCCUCAGAAUUUCUUAUUUAAUCAAACCCAUUCAUUGCUUGGUUUGUUUGUUUUCCCCGAGAACCACAUUGGACUAGUCAAGAAGCCAUGUUGCAUACUCUAGAUGCAUUAGCUUUUUAUUUAGACAGAACCAAACCUUUUAGACAGUCUCCUAGAUUAUUUGUAUCCAUUAUGGACAGAAAGAAGGGUUCGGUUAUUUCAAAACAGAAGUUAUCAAAGUGAAUCUCUGACAUAUUACAGUCUGUUAUGACGAAACUCAGAUUCAGCUCCCUUCAAGAAGGAUAGUACAUUCCACUAGCGUAUUUUCUUCUUCUACAGCCUAGCUUAAGGAUGUGUCAAUUGGAGACAUCUGAAGAGUGCAACAUGGUCCUCAGCCACCUACCUUUUCUAUUCAUUGUGCCUUGGUGUCUGCUGCAAGAUCAGAUGCGGCUGUAGGUGAUGCAGUUCUCUCUUCGGUAUUGGACCCUGGUCCAAACCUCUCACCUUCUUAGGGAUGUACUGCCCUGAAGUGGUGCACCCACAGGGACACUGCUUGAGGAAGAAGGAUAGAUUACUCACCUUGUGCAGUAACUGUAGUUCU